UCUCUGCAGCUGCGGCCUCUACUCGCGCCUCUCCUCUCCACUCGGCGCAGGCGCGCUGGCUCUGUACUGAGCGUUUGCAUUGUGUCUGAACUGCGGGUGAGCUUUAAAAACAUUCUAGCCUUCCAACCGCGGCAAUGUCGGGCAGGUCGGUCCGAGCGGAGACCCGGAGCAGGGCGAAAGAUGACAUCAAGCGGGUUAUGGCCGCGAUUGAGAAAGUACGGAAAUGGGAGAAGAAAUGGGUGACCGUAGGAGACACAUCCCUGAGGAUCUUCAAGUGGGUUCCAGUGACUGAGCCCAAAUCAGCAGAUGAUAAGAGUAAGAAGAAGAAGGGGAAGGAUGAGAAGUAUGGGUCAGAAUUGACCACACCUGAGAACAGCUCUUCUCCUGGGAUGAUGGACAUGCAUGACGACAACAGUAACCAGAGUUCCAUCGCCGACUCCUCCCCCGUCAAACAGGAAACCAGCUGCAGCACUAGCCCCGCCCCUGAACCCUCUGCCGUAUCCCACGGCGAUAGCAGUGAGGCCAAGAGCGACCAGAGCCCUGGCAGCAAGAGGACGAAGAGCAACCUGUCCACUGAGGGCUCAGAGAGAGGACAGGGGGACAAGAGAGACAGCAGACCGACAUCCUCAGGAGACAAGGACACCUCAGGAGACAAGGACACCUCAGGAGACAAGGACACCUCAGGAGACAAGGACACCUCAGGAGACAAGGACACCUCAGGAGACAAGGACACCUCAGGAGACAAGGACACCUCAGGAGACAAGGACACCUCAGGAGACAAGGACACCUCAGGAGACAAGGACACCUCAGGAGACAAGGACACCUCAGGAGACAAGGACACCUCAGGAGACAAGGACACCUCAGACAGCUGCGAAGUCACUCAGGAACAGGAGGAAGAGGCUCCUCCCAGUAAGAAGAGCAUGCAGGAGUCUCCGUCUCAGGACUACGAGGAGAAAUAGACGUGCUGCAUCCUUUCUAUCUUCUUCCUCACCUCCCUUUCUUCCUCCCCCCGUAGCCCCUAACAAUCCUCUGAGCAGAGGGAGAAAGGACUUUGUCUCCCUCCACUAAGCCUUCUUCCUUCCCUCCUCCUCUUCUUCCACACUCACUCCCUCACUAAUGCCACGAGUAGUUCUAUGAACCAGCCUGUUAUCCCCUCCAUGGCCAGGGGUGACGCUGUGAGCCCAGCUCUUCCCAGAAGAGAAACACUGACCUGCACCUGUGACACAAACCCACUGACAAUAUGGGACUUCACAUUCUACGCUGGCACCACACGCUAACAGAGUAGGAUGGAGUUUCCCCUAGACAGUGAUCUAAGGUUUAGUUUCUAUGUUUCCUGCAAAGGAAGGUAAACUAAUCCCAGAUCUGUAGCUCUCAUCUUCUAACCCAGGAGCCACGUCAAACCUCCCCCUAACUCACCUUCGGUUGUUCCGGUGUUUGUUUGGGACAGUUUCCAGUUUGUAUAGUUUAGGGGUUGUUGUUUAGCCCAGGAGGGUCAAUGCGCUGUUAAGGUAUAAUUUCACAAAAACUGCACGCUAUGGUUUUACUGCUGCUGUGCUGGGUGUGGAUUUCUGUCAGUUUGUUAUUUUAGCUUUAUUUAACUUGCUUUUUUUUCUAGAGGAAGAACAAGAGUUAAUUUUUUUCGCGAGGACAUGCUUGUAGCAUACGUAGGUUUUAUCGAAGGGUGUUCUUUGAUUAUUGUGGUAUAACGUACUCUGUAGGUCAAACUGUUUUUAACUACUUUUUUAUUGUACCAUGUUUUUAUUUGCCUUACGGUUUUAACAUUGAGCUGACGCUAAUGAUUUUAUUCAGCAUUUACAUUCAACUAUAAACAGUUUCCGUUUCGCAUUGGUUACUGUUAGAAAGACAACAUGUACUGUAACAAAACCGCAUUCUGCAAAUAUCUCGAAAGAAGAAUUGACUUUGAGGGAGUCAGCAGCUUCCCACGAGCCUGGGUGUCAGUCAGUUUCUCUUCCCAGCUUCUUUCCUGUCAAAAGGCAUGACGACUACACUUGAGGAGUUACACAGAAACAUGUGGGUGUCCGGGCUAAAUUCCCACUUGGUCAACAGCAAUGACCGUUUUUCUAUGAGUCUUCAUUGCCAUCGCGGUGGUUUAAAUGUGUUACUAUAUGUAUCGCCUUUCAUAACCUCCCCUCAGUGUCCGGCUCAAACUGUGGCUCAGAUCCUCAUUCAAGGUGCUCAGAUCCUCAUUCAAGGUGCUCUCUGUGGGUCGCAACCUAACUUCAUGAUCGAGGAAGGAACGCAUAUUCGCACAAAUCUGUCAACUCUACACACACACACACACACACACACACACACACAAAAAAAUCAGCCUCAAACCUA